CAAACAAGCACUUUUCCCAUCCCUCCGCGCUGUCGUCGGCUCUGUUUGACAGCCAGGAGGAAAUCUGGCAGUAUUUUUCCUCAAGGCAAGUUGGCUAUUUUUUUAAUUUUUAUUUUCCCGGAGGACGACUUCCAACUUGGCCCCAGAGACUAGACUGCAAGAAUGGAGGAGUAUCAUCACGGCAGCGAGGGCUCAUUUAACCCCGAGGAGGCAGAUAACAUUGUCAAAGAGUGUAUCGAUAAUAUCAUAGGUGGCGUGGACUACAGCCAGAGUUUGGUGAACAAAUGGACGGCUAGUAUCGUGGAGCUUUCCCUCACACAGCUGGUCAAACAGGGGAAGCCAUACAAGUAUAUUGUGUCCUGUGCUGUGAUGCAGAAGAGCGGCGCCGGGCUCCACACAGCCAACUCCUGCUACUGGGACACGGCCGUGGACGGAAGCUGCACCGUGAGAUGGGAAAACCGCACCAUGUACUGUGUGGUUAGUGUGUUUGCUGUGGCCAUAGCAUAGGACACACACACACACACAAACACACACACACACACACAUUCACACUUUACCAGUACCACCCAAAGAGGAAUGCAAUGUGUUCCUGCAACCAGCAGGGGGCCACCAAGUGCCACAGUGUCCACAGUCCACACAGCUGUGUCUGCUCCUGGCAGCUCAACCUUUGACCUCUGAGGCAGUCUGAGGAAGGUGGAGGAGAAGCUGCAGUGAAACCACACCAGCUGUCUGUAUGUUUUUUCUUUGUCAAACGUCUCAUCAGUCCUGAACGUGUGGAAGAAUUCCAGUUCUCCGCUGUUUUUUCUUUUUUUUUUGUAUUUAUCUUGUCUCACUGCUUUCAAAGCUCGCCUUUUGCCAAACGCCGUGCAAAGCUAAGUCGUGCUCUUUACCUGCAUGCGACAGCUGCAAGCAAAGGAUCUGAUUUAAUGCACUUCUACAAUUCAUAUGUGUCAGCUGUAUCAUAUCAUAUGGAGGACGGGGGGGAGAUUUUGGUCCCAGGAAGGAAAAGGCAAUAAACUUGAAAAUUUGUCAACAAA